AUGGAGAAGAUGAGAAAUGCAAGUCGUUUCUUGUCAGCAAGAAAUAUAAGAAACCCAAUCUGCUCCCCAUACUCUUCUUCUCCUGGAUCUGAAAUCCUUAAAUUCCCGUCAAGGAUCUCUUCCACUACCAUCAAAGCUGCUGCUUCCAGGAAAAAUGGUGAUUCUCUGAUUACACGUAAGAGUCCAAAAAGCCCACGCCGUCUGAUAAGCAUUUCAACAUCAGAUAAUCGAUGGAAUGGGAAAUGGACCCUCGACUACAUUUUCACAUUGAAGGAGCUUCAGUUGGCAGAUCUGGCUGAGGAUGGACAAAAAGAUGCAGAGGUUUCCGUUAGCCUCAACAUAGAGAAGCAUGCCAGUUUUGGCUUUUCAAUAGAUGGAAGGAUCAUCACGGCUUUCACUAGAAAAUGCAUCAAUUGCUCUUCGCCUUUCUGCAGAAAGAUAGACACCAUGUUCGAUGUUUGGGUUCUUCCAUCAAGUAGGCGAAACCUUUCGAUGCAAUCGCCCGAAAUCGGUGGUGACGAUCCAUCAGUCAUCUAUGUGAAACCCGGAAGUGAAGCAGAUCUUGAUUCACUGGUUCAGGACACGAUUCGGCUUAACACCUCAGUGAAGGAAACUUGCUCGGAAACAUGCGAGAAAUCCGAAUUAAGAUGGCAGUCUACUAGUGGUGAAGAUUCUUCUAUUGAUGGGAGGUGGUCGAGACUUCUCGAGCUAAAGAAUGUAAUAUAAAACAUCCACAUCACUCCAGUAGUUAAUUGUGAACGCUCAUUGGAGUUACAAUCUUAAUUAUUUUAAUUUUUCAUGUUUU